GUUUGAUUUUUGUGCGUGUUGAUACAAAUCCUAUUGACCUUUUUCUGGGUUUGUUCAUUCAUUUCUUCAGCCCGUCAAAUUGUGACGGUAAUAGUUCAUCAUACUUCAUGACUGUUUGUCUGGAAAUCAUCUGAACUCCCGAUGUCUGAGGAAUCUGAAACAAAUGAAAGAUAUAUGUCAUACUCUCCAGAGGAUAAUUAUCCUACAACCUCUAACAGUAAUUCGGAUGGUAUGUUAGUCCUAUGUACUAUUAUCUUACCUCACCUUUUUGCUUUAUUUUACUCAAUAAUAUUGAGUUCGGAGCUUCGGAACGAAAACAUUGUUAAUAGAAAGUUUUGCUUAACUUAGACUGUAAGUGUUUAAAUACUCUUUUGUAAACUAUUUUUUGGUACUUGAGGAAGCUGACAUCUGACCAAGUAGCUGAAUACGCAUUAUUCAUUGAAUUCCUUUGUCUGUUGACUGCCUUCUGUAAGACUGAAGUUUAGUUACUGAAAAGCAACUUGUUUCAUAUUGUCUACAUUUUCCUUCCGACGGGAUUUAUUUGAUAAUUAAGUUUGGUGAUUCAAAUCUCUCAAUCUACUAACCUUCCAUUCAUAUUUCAUAAAAUGCAAUCAAUUUUUUGAACACCUAUAAACAAAAGCAGACGAAACAAAAUAGGAACUGCGUUAAAUUUAUACAUAAAACUCUCUGAGUAGGCAUAUUUUUUAUUGGUUCACUGUGAGAAAAUCAAUAACAUUGGAAGUACAAGACUAAUAUGAGUGAAGGCAACUGUAGUGUGUGACAGAAGCAAUAAAAACCGAAAGAAAAUAAGUAAAGAUAAAUUGACGGUUGAUAUAGAUUAGUAUAGUGUUACGAAUACAGCAACAACUUUCGAAACAUUACUUGCUGACCCCGUCGAGAAAUCCUGCACCUUCUUAUUGCCACUGAAAUCAAUGUCAUAUUUCAGACACAAAUCACAUACCUCAACUAACUAAUAUUAAAAACACAAUGGACGAACACAGAACUAAGUGCUGUGACGCCGGGAAAUGAUCAGUAGUCGAUCAAGAAGGGGGAGAAGUAAACACAAGGAGGGCUCCAUAGUUUUGUCACGCUAAUGUGAAGUCGUUGUUAAAGACAAUUCUUAUCAUUAGUCAGACAACGAUAAAAAUUCGUGGAGUGUUGAUACUCAUUUUUCUUAUUCUGUAACCCUUCAAAUACACAGUGUGAAUUCAUGCAUGGUAAUUGUCCUAUGAAGAUAUUUUAGCAAACUGAUUCGAUUUCAACUUCAUUCAGUGUAGUACAAACUACCAAUUAUCUUCCAUCUGUCUAUCGAGUGGUUAUUGAUAAGUUUAAUUGAUAGAUCACAUGACAGCGUGAAACAUCUCCACAUGUGUUAAGUUGAUGUUUGGUUAUGAGAUUGGUUGUCUUUCAAAUUGUUGGGAACUUCGUCUAGUUAGUGGUGAGCAUUAGCUCAUUCUGAUAAACGUACCGAUCAAAGUAUUAUCUCUGUAGUUUCCUAAUAAUUAGCAGUCAAUGAGUGAGGUUCUGUUGUGUCAUUUUAAACAUGAUCUUCAAAAGUUAGUAACUGUUCAUCAAUUGACUUUUCUCGAUCAACAGCUUGUGUGACAAAAGUAAUCUUCAGGCUGUACAAAUUUCUCCAUAAAAUGCAGUUUGCGGUAACCGUUUACAUCCAAUCGGGCAACUUGCUGCGAAAUAGAUUUCCCGAAGUUUCCUAUGGGACACCGUAACUGAUAACGUCAACCAAGGGCACCAGUCACUUAAGGUUUCGGUUUAUAUUACUAAUUGCUUAAUUCAAAAGUCUAGACCAUUGUGUUUCGCCUCACUAUGAGACUUACAGUUCUGUAAUUGAUCUUGCAUGAUAUUUUGUAUGUGGACAAUCCUGCGGAGUUUUAGGCUGAGAUGAAAUAGCUGUCCAAUGCCCCUUUGAUUUUAUUGGUUCUUCAGUAGACGUUAGUGGUAAUUUCUUGCCAAAUAUCAUUUUCACACUCUUUACAUUAUCAAAGAUUUAAUAUAAAUUGAACUUUACGCCAAAAUUAAAUAAUGAAUUUGCAAGCUGUUUACAUAGUUAAGGAGUUUUUCUUCAUUUAUGAUAAUAACAAAGUUUCUACUGGAUACUGUUCAGCUGGAAAUAUUGAUUAAAUAUUAUUGACUUGUUUUUUUAUGUCGGUGUAAUUUAUUAAUUUCUUUUUCACAAUAUUGUAGACCACACAAAUCAUCCUGAUGAGAUUUCAUAUAAAGUUGAAACGUCCAGUUCAUCACCUCUUGGUAGUUUUACAAAUGUCACACGUGAGCUUCCAAAACCUCGUAAACAACGAGUACCAAAUAGUGCAAUGGAUGAAGCUACUUUGAUUGCUCUUAGACCAUUCAAAUGUGAUGAAUGUGGUAAACGAUUGGAAAAGGCUCGAACAUUAAGACUACAUAAACUAUCAGUACAUGAAGGUCGUAGACCAUUUGCCUGUGAUAUAUGCAAUGCUUGUUUUACACAAAAUGGCCAUCUGAAACAACAUAUUCAAACAGUUCAUAAAGGAUUACGACCGUAUAGUUGUGAUGUUUGUAAUAAACGUUUCACUAAAGCCCGUUCAUUGAGGCGGCAUAAUUGUGAAAAAAGUGGUCCAUUAAAACCUUUUGUUUGUGAUGUAUGCGGUCGUGGUUUCUCACAUAUGCACACAAUGAAAACUCAUCGUGCUUCAAUUCAUGAAGGUUGUCUUCCUUUCGCUUGUGGAAUUUGUGGUGCUCGUUUUCGUGAAUCUUCUGAAUUACAAAAACAUAGACGUACAUUUCAUGCAGGUGAAAUUAGUUAUAAUUGUGGUGUUUGUGGAAUCGCAUUCCAACACGCUGCUGAUAUGCGUCAACAUAGAGCUACUGUUCAUAAUUCUGAAAGACCUCAUGUGUGCGAUAUUUGUGGGAAAUGUUUCGGACAGGCAAGUAAAUUACUUCAUCAUAAAUCUGCCGUUCAUGAAGGGAAACGUCCACAUUUAUGCGAUAUCUGUGGUGCUCGUUUCACACAAAGUGUUCAUCUGAAACAGCAUAAAGCAUCAGUUCACGAAGGUAAAAAACCUUAUCAAUGCAAUUUUUGCCAGCGAAGAUUCACUCAACUUGGACAUGUCCGUGUUCAUAAGUGUGUUGUAGAUCAAGGUUUCAAACGUCACACAUGUGAUGUAUGCGGUAAACAGUUUACACAGUUAGGUACUUUGAAGAAACAUAUUGCUGGUGUACAUGAAAAGUUACGUCCUUAUCAAUGUGAAUCUUGUCCUAGUGCCUUUGGUACAACUAGUGAAUUACGUCGACACAAAGAAAAUGUUCAUGAGGGUAGAAAUGCUCGAAAGUGUCGUUAUUGCAAUGAACUAUUCAAUACAGUUGAUAAUUUGAAGCAACACAUAACUUUGAAACAUUCCGAGAGAAAAGAAUUCACUUGUGAAUUAUGUGGUGAUCGUUUCAGUCGACAAGUUGCUAUGACUCGUCAUAUGAUCACUACACAUGCUGAUGAGAAACCCAGACAAUGUGGUAUAUGUGGUGUUUCAUUUUCAUCGCUGGCGGAAUGGAAAUCUCAUUCAACAUUGUGUAGUAAUGAUGCAUUUAAACACGUAUGUCAAUUGUGUGGCGAUCGUUUUACCACUGUCAUUCAUUUACGUUAUCACAAACGAACUGUACAUCAGAAGACUCGAACAUAUGACUGUACACAAUGUGGACAAAGUUUUCUUCGUCUCAACAGUUUCAAAUAUCAUUGUUGUAUAGAAAAUAAAUCGACCAGUGUGAAAACCGAUGAUAACUCCGUAUCAUCAUUAUCAACCUCAAAUCAACUAUCUACACUUCAAUCACCCGUCACUACUCAACAAUCAACAACAUCAUCGGAUUUGCCUACACCUUUAUUAGGUAUUGUGCCACCAGGGUCAUCAUCAAAUAAUCCAAAUCUUACAGCUAUUGCAGUUCUAUCAGCUGUAGUCUCAAGUUUUGGUCUAUCAGCAUUGUCUUCAACUUCUGAAUUUACGGCUAAUUCACACAAGUCUACCGACAAUACAAACAAUACAGAUCCUAAUUGUGUGUCUACUGAACAAUCUUCCAGACUUCCUACUCCUUUACUUGAGUUGGCACAAUCACUUCCUAACUUUUUCUUUAAAAGUCCCGCAAUCACAACGGCGACGUCUUUAGACUCUUCCUCUACUCCUAAUGUUAUUGUUAGCACUGCUGACCAAACAUCUGCAAUGAAUCAUACUACAUUGACAAAUGCUUUAGCUGUUCUCAACACAUUCGCUUCUUCAUUCCCUAAAAAUGGAUUUCAUUUGCCAAGUAUGCACAGUACUUCCAAUAUUAAACAAUUAACUAGUAGUACCGACUCGAAUACAGUUAAGACAGAACCAAUCACUACUAGUACUACUAUCACUGAAAUUGAUCCAUCUAUAUUAAUUUAAUAAAAAGAUUUAUCCAAGAUUUUCACGUAUCCUAUAGGAUCUACUAUUCCAGGAUCCAGGAUCGUUUUCUCAAUCAGACACUUAUUUGUUCAACAUUUAUCUACAUCAUUUUUGUGUUCUUGCUUCUUAAAAAAAAAGUAACAGAUAACUUCUUUACACUUAUCCCUUAUAAUACAUUCAGCUUAAUUAUUAACAAAUUGUAAUUCAAUUCACCAUUGUACAAAUCUUUGUUUAAUCUCUUUGUACAUUGAAAAUUAAAAGAAUUAAUGGAAUUGCUUUAUUUUUGACCCUGAAGCGUAUAGACUAACGGUACAUGCAUAAUGUUAUGAUUUAAUCUCUAUGUAUAUCCUACUAACUAUUAACCUUCUUAUUGUAGUUCAUUUAUAUGCUAAAACGAUCGAUAACCC